AUGCGCCAAGCGCGCGACGAGCAAACAGAAUCCAUUGCUCUCAGUGAUCCGAACCCUGGCAUAUCCGUCGCUAACAUCUUCCGUCAUCGGUCCCCCUCUAAGCGUGGUCACGAACAGCCACCCCCGCUAAAUGAUAACAAAAUCUUCCUUAUCGAUGGCACUGACAAGGCGGAGUUGUUUGCUGCUUCCUUUGCAAAACACCUUACUACUGAGUCCGAACCAGUCUCUCUCUUUCGUUCCCUUUCAGAUAAGACACUGAGCACAAUCGAUGUCUCCUCAGAUCUCAGUAAGAAACAAAUAAGUCGUUUGAAAUACUCACACUGCUCAGGAACGGACGGGAUUCCGAAUUCGAUUAUUAAACAAGCGUCCGACUUUCCCAUAUUGCUUAGUCAUUUAUUAUCGGUUUAUAUUUCAAAAGGAUUCUUUCCUGAAACAUGGAAAACGUCAAUUAUCCUUCCCCUCUCCAAGUCACUCGGUCCGAUGUUAAUAACUAUCGGGACGUGCACAAAACGCCGUCUCCAGCAAACCUUCUUGAAAGGAUAAUUUUCAAUGAAAUCCUUGACUUCCGUCUAGCUAAUCGGCUUCUGAGUUCUAGUCAGCAUGGAUUUUUGCCUGAACAAGCCUGCGAAACAUGUCACUUGGCUUUUCUUAAUCUAAUCACUUCUCUUCGUAAUGAGCGGCAGUCAGUGGUAGUUAUCUACUUUGAUCUUAUCAAAGCCUUUGACAACUUGGCCCAUAGACGUCUUUUAGUAAAAUUGGAAGCACUCGGUAACCGACCGCCUCUACUCGACUUCAUCACUUCCUAUCUGUGCAACCGAUAUCAGAAAGUCAUGGUCGGUAAUAGCUACUCGACACCUCACUCGAUCACGAGUGGCGUACAUCAAGGUACGGUUCUGGGUCCGCUACUCUUCCUUCUGUACAUCCAUGACAUUUCGGCUGAACGCGGGAAUUCGCAAACUUUUAUUUAUGUUGAUGACCUCAAAUGUGUUUGCUCAUAUUCCAAGGACACCGCAAACGUUUGUGUUGACAAAAUUAAUGCCGAUUCACUACGCUUAAGCAGAUGCGAUUCGACAUGGCAGAUGGAGUUUUCAUCAUCCAAGUGUAGUUUCGUGUCUUUUGGUCCUGCCAAACUUCCUGGUGCCAGAAUUUUUCAGAAUAACCCACUCUCUGAAUGCCUCACCACUAAGGACCUAGGUCUAAGUUAUACAAAUAAGAUUGCUUUAUCAUUUCAUGCAGAUAGAAUCUCUGCCAAAGCCGCGCAGAUAUCUAGGUUCAUAUGGCGUUAUUUUUUCAUUCCGAAAAUGAAGCUAAGACUUUGCCAAAUGUUUGUUCUUCCCGUUCUCGAAUACUGCUGUCCUUUCUUUGGUUUAAUGAACGCCCGUGACCGUAAUAAAAUCGAAAACGUUCAGAGGGAUUUCACCCGGAAACUGUUCUUUCAAGUCGCAUCCGGUACUUCUUAUACUCAGAGAUGUCAGCUGGCGAACAUUAAGUUUUUGUGGGUUAAAAGACUCGAAGCUGACCUUUGCUUCCUUUUUCGCAUCAACUCUAGCUCCAAUCUUCCGCUCAUUGACACUCUCACUCCGAGAGAUCGGUCUUAUGCCAUGCGCAACUCCUCCAUGGUGAUUCCGCCGCCUCUUUGCAUUACAUCCAAGCGCUCCCUAUUCUUUGCUUCCAAAUAUGCCUUCCUUUGGAAUAGUCUUCCGCCUGAAAUUAGAUUAUCGCCUAAGUUACUGGUAUUCAAGUCGAAAUUACGCAAACAUCAUACACCGGAAAGCAUAAAGGCACUGUUAACGGUCUCAUUCUCGAACACUCAGAUUCUUGACUUCGAGAAGGGUCCUCCUGAGAUUUAGUGGUAGAUCAAGUGGUAACUCUUAAUUAUAUCAUUAGAAACCCCCUCUUUUAAAUUGGUCUCUAAAUUCACUGAUAUCACUCCUCCCCCAUAGCGGCAAUUUUCGCGGUUUUUGUUGUCAUCUCCCGCAUUUUGACCUCAAGCGGUCUGUCGACGCUUACGUCGGAACCCUCUGAUAAUACGGAAAAUGUUUGCGUUGUACGUAUGUAUUCGCUGGGUUAGAACAGAGCCCAUGAAGAUCCUUUUUGCACAAUGGCUAUGCAUAUAUGCAUCCAAAAAAUUUGCAGACAUUAGGAAUGCGAUUGGUUUUCAAUAGAAUAUAAAAACAAGGAAGCACAUCUGUUCACAGUGAGUCAGUACGGAAAUAUUGUAAAUAACAAAGUGUUUUACAAAGCUGGCUGUGAGUGGUCAUGCUGUAAAAGUCGGUCUUUGUGUAAAAUCCCGCAAGCGAGUUUUCCUUUAAACCUGUGAAUCGUGUCGGCCUUCACCAUCUCACUUGAUGGCGAGUUCCAUGGCCGAACUACCUGCUGGCUGGAAGAAAACUUCCUAGGACAAGCCGUAUGCGUUCGUUGUUGACUUUUCAGGGAUGGCCGCGUAAUUGGUUUGUACGGGUACACUGAAUGAAGACCUUCGGUCUCAUUAAGCAACCACGACCUCGAAAUAAACCAAACAUUUUCAGCCUCUCCUGGUACGGCAGAUGUUUUAUACCGUUGAUCAUCUUCGUUGCUCUGCGCUGCACCUGUUCGGGGAGGUCGGUAUACUUUCUCAUCCAUAAUUUAAUUGCUGUCAUCCCAUAUUCCAGGCGGAGUCUUACGAAGACGCCGAAAAGCAUUCUGAAGAGAUCGGGAGGCAGUAUUUUAAAUGCACAUCUGACCCAUCGUAAAGUACUAAUUUCCUUCUAGACUAUCUUCCGUCAGUGCUCUUACUGCGUAAGAUUUGUGGUUAUCCACACACUGAGAUCUUUGUGUCUUUCUACAGUUUCUGGUACCAUCCCGUUGAUAUAGUGCUGAGGUUUGGGAGAGGCAUGUCGGCUGGCGUUUAGAUGCAAGACCACACAAUUGGGCAAGUUAAACUUUAAAAGCCACCUGUUCGACCAAACACACAGUUUGCCGGUGUUCGAUUGCAACUUCUUUGCGUAAUUAACGCAGCUGACUUCGCUCCAUAUUUUUAUGUCAUCCGCGAACAUGAGGGCCUUGCAAUCUAGUUCGCUAGUGCAAUCAUUUACCUAAACCAGGAAGAGUAGUGAGCCUAAAACAGAACCCAGUGGCACCACAUUUUCCACUUUUGCUCAUUCUGAAAUAGCGUUAUCCGCAAUGACUCUGUACUCUGGAAGACAGGAAACUCCCAAUCCACUUAAACAUUCUUCCAUCAAGUAUUCCAUCGAACGUCUUUUGAUACUGCACUCCGUUACUUUAAAUGCGAGGCAAGUUAGACUGGCAAGACGAUAAUCUUCGCAGUCAAGUGGUGUACUUCCUUUAUCGAUCGGGGUGAUGAAUGCGCACUUCUACUUUUCCGGAAGUUUGCCUUCUUCAAAUGACCUUUGAACUAUUAUAGACGGAGGUUCACACAGUUCGUUUGAAAGUUCUCGAAGUGCUGGUACCGGAAUUCUAUCCGGACCGGGCGAUUUGUAUAUGUAUAUGUAUAUUGAAGGGUUACAGGCAGAGCCCUUGAUGACCCUGUUUAUGUACAGUGCUUUCGCAGAUUCAUACUCAAAAAUAAAAUAAAAUUGCAGGCAUUUAAAAUGUGAAUGGGUCACAGUUCAAUCGUAAUCAUAAGGUAGUGCAUGGGGUCACUGUAAAUUAGUGCGGAAGAUUGUAUAUGACAGAUUUUACAAAACUGGCUGUGCAUAGUCAUGCUGUACAAGCCGAUUUCUGUCGAAAACUAGACGAGCAAGUUUUCUUUUAAACACACAAACUGUGUCAGCCGUCACCAUCUCGCUUGGCAGGCUUCAAUCGGGGUACUUCGGCCCUAACUAUGGCCGAUGGAAAGUGUAGUGCCUCGAUUGAGGAGGAUAAAAAGGGGGUUAGACGGGUGAAAGUGGAGAGGAAGUAGGAGGAGGCGCUGCUUGGCGAACGGGUGAAUGGGUAAAUGGAGAGUCAGGCCCUCGGAUGAAGACGGACUGAAAGAAAUUAGAAAGGAGAGACGCUUUAACCUGGUCGUCAGUCUCCAGUUUUCCAUAUGCAGUCCUAAAGGAUGAAAGUACCGCAAAAUAUAAAAAACCCCCGUACUAACAUAGAAGGAGGAAAUUGACAGGACAAAGCUCGUGGCCAAAGGAGGGCGCAAAUCUCAUCUGUAGUUUACAACAUUUGGGUUUAAGUGAAUAACAGAAAUGGCAAGAGAACUUUUCCGACGCCGGAGCAUAUCCUUUAAUUGUCACUUAAAUUGGAGAGACUGCACCCGAAAGGGGGACAGCAAAUAUCUACUAGACAUACAAGUUUGGGGCUCAAACCAGCAUCGAUAAUUGUCUUCCCACCACUCUAGCCUGCAUCUCUUGUAAAAUGAUGAAAAUAAUACUUCCGAAAUCAACAGAGAAGUUCUGGAGGAGAACCACAUUCUCUAGGUACUUAAAUGCGGCUACAGAUAAAGCUGUUAUUGCCUUCUCAAUUUGUUGCUCGCGAUUGAGCAGUGGAUUCUUGCAUUGAAGGAAGAUGGUAGGGUUAGCACUAUCUACACUGAUGCCAGUAAGGCUUUCGGCGCAGACUUUUAGUUAAAAAGCUCUCUGAAAUUAAAAUAAGAAGCAUACUGCUGUUAUUUAUAGCGUACCAUGACAGUUGUCAGGAGUAAGAACCAAUAAAAAGUUUCAAGAGAUCAAGAGAUUAUAUUGCAAUGCUCUCCGAGUAUUUCAUGUUCUCAGAGUCUGACUUACCUUAACAAUUGGAAACAAAUAUCUGGAACGGAGAAUUUUCCAGCAUACGAGUGAAAGUCUCAGCAAUGUCGUAAACUACCGCACUGCAGGUAGCAGUUAACGAAUACUGCAGGAUGAUCAGUUCGUUAGUUAGAAGAAUCAGUGAUCAAAAUUGCAAACUCAGCGGAAAGGAAACAGACAGCCGUCCACCGUGGAUAAAUCGCGAACUAAAAAAUCACUUUUGAAGGAGAAAUGGCAUGUGGAGGCAUUUUCGAUCAACGGGAAGUUCCGAACAUUUGCAGGAAUACAAACGACAGCGGGACGUGUGUAAAAGUAAAGCUAGUAGACUUCGAAGGGACUAGGAGCUAUGCAUACUGCAGAAGUAUUUGUAGCACCCCAAGAUCCUAUACGGUUACGUACAUAAUGGCAAAAGAAAUCGUAACACUAUUUCGGCGCCGGGGACUCAAAACAGAGUAAUGAGAACGGAUGGCUACACGAAAGCAUCAGUCCUCUCUGGUUUAUUUCAGUUGGUAUUCACUCAUGAAACGAAUUCUCUUCAUCUCCUGUGCCCACAAAACAACAAAAUUCUGCUCCGUUUGGAUUAGACUAUAAUCCAUACUUAUCGCCUACAUCGAUAAGGAUAGAAGUCCUCUGAUUGAAGCCUGCCAGAUAACUUGGUCCAGAUAUUCAUUCCCUUGCCCUUCGGGAAUUGGGCAAUGUACUGUGCAAGCCGGUAUCUGUGUUAUUUCAAAAAUCUAUGAAAGAAGAUGAACUGCCGGGGAAAUGGAAGACUAUCUUUAUUCCCCAGAUCUGCAAAGAAGGGUUCCGGCUAAAGUCCAAAAACUUCCAACGCAUUAGUUAAACGUGAGUUUUCUGCAAGGUCGUGGAACGGCUUAUUUAUGAAUAUCUAAUUACCUAUCUGGAAUUGAGAAACGCAUUAUCUGCUGCCUAGCAAGAUUUCGCCGAGGUCACUCAUGUCUUACGAGCAGACUUUAAUCGCAGAAAAGUAGCAAAGGCCACAGGCCAGGGUCGUAUAGUUGAUGUUAUCUUCACCGACUUAAAAAAGGUGGUUAAUAGAGCGCCCCGCGGACAACUCCUAUAAAAUAUUAGGAAGUUUGGAAUCCCCAUCAACAUUUUAAAGUGGACUAAAAGUUUCCUAUUAUGCGGGCUGCAGAGAGUAAUUGUUGGCACUACUGCAUACGAAUGGUAUCAGUAGAUAGCGGUGGUGAUACAAAAAUCUGGAAAAUAAUAAGGCGUGUUUACGAUGCGCAUAAACUGCAGGAAAACUAAUAAAUUGGUUGCCUGAGCAAGAAAGUGGUUUUUAACGUUCAGUUUAUCCAAACAUGUAGUCUUGUGCCUGAAAGCAGGUUUUAUUUCAGUCAGCAGAUAGUUCGAUCGUAGAACUCACUCCCAAAUGAGAAAAUGACAUCUGCUACCAUGGUUGUAUCAAAACACAGUUGGAUUGUUUGAUUUCUGAUAAGUAACGGAUAACUGCAGGAUUAUCUACGACCAACCACGAACUUUACUUCCAAAUUUCACUCCCUAUCUGACGCAUCCUGGUACGACCAAUGUAACAAGUUCCCGUAAGCUGUACAAAUGAUCGAAUUUUUGGCUGUAGUUUCUUCCUAGUCCGUGUUCCCAAAGUAACGUCUUUAUGGAGAAACAUGUCCGCUACCCACUGUGGCAAGUUGUAACUAACAUUGUCUGACAGGCUCUGCGCGGCUCACGCUUGUUAUUUAAGACCAGGAAAGUUAAAAUCCCCAACAAUAAGAACGUUCUACUCGCUGAAUUGUACAGUUCACGAGCAAGAAGAAGGAAAGGAAAAUCAGGGUCAGACUCCUAAUGUGGAGAGCGAGAUGACACCGACAGCGUUUGCAGUCGGAUGUUGUUGGUGGUAGUAGUAAUGCUUAACGGUUCCAUUUCCUUUAUCGGGACAUCUACGUAGGUGUUAUGGGUUAGUUCGCAUGUAACAUAAACUGUAACCUUUUCUUUGAAUGGUCUCCCUCUUCUGCAGUGUUCAUAUCCCCUGAGGGUUGCAGCGUAUCCUGUCCGGGCCGUCAGGGCAUCAUGCCACAAACGCGUGACAAGCGAACGAUCAAGGUCAUGAUCCCUAUUCACACCUUCUUUUUGCUGAUUGGCCACCCAUCAGCCUAUGACAGUCCUCCUUGCCAUAUGCCCGGCCGUUUCCCCAAGCCUCCUCACAUGUGCUGUCUAUCGUACUCAGUACACGUCCUAUUCCCAAUUACCCUUCUGUUUUGCAUACAUAACAUUGACGACGCAGUCUGACGAACAUGUCUUCAUUGCUGCCUACACCGUUACCUUUAUGACCAAAGAACACCCAGAAGCCCUCAAAUGACUCGUGGUUGCAAUGGAAGAAGACAUUUGAGGAUUAUAUUGAACUACUCCCGAUUUUGUCACCCACAAUGGUACUAGACGUCCCAUCUACGUUGAAACCCCUCCGGACGAGUCUCGGAGAGUUGGGACAAAGAUAUUUCGAUGCCCUCAAUCUGCAAGAGGCUAUAGAUCUCCAAACAGCCUUCUCAAAACUCGAGUCAGCGUGGGGAGAAAAAGACAACGUCUUUCUCAGUCGCUAUCGGUUUUGUCAAAUGCGUCAAGAAUCCAGUCAAUGUGUCAGUGAUUUUAUUUCUAAUCUGACUCUGGCCUUCCAGGACUGUGGGUAUAAAGAGAUCAAGGCAGACAACUUCGAUCACGCAAUGGUCGUUCAGCAGUUGAUCGUCGGUCUGCGCGAUAAAAAAGCUCGGGAAAAUCUCUUAUCAGAGAAGAAGGAUCUGUCAUGGGAGAAAGCCUGUGAUAUCGCGAGUCAUCGGGAGCGCCUACGACAAAACCUUCAGCAGCUGAAUCAGUCAAACAAUGAAGUGAUAGCAUCACUGGAAUCUGAAAUGGCUGUCUCCCUAGUCAACACUGCUGUGUCUUCACCAAAACAGCGACCAUCAGCUCCCUCAAAACAAUUACCAUCCUGCUACCGUUGUGGUCAGCAUCAUAUCCGGUGUUCAGAUUAUAGACACCAGAAGACGGUAGGCCAGUUUUGCAAGAAAAUCGGCCACAUCGAACGAGUGUGUUUCUCCAAAAGACGAGCGAACACUAACACGCAUGCGACCUAGCCUUAUCCAGCUGGGGAUGGCGAGGCGAUACUCCGAAUGUUUUCGGCCAGCGCGCUACUCCAAUCGCCCUACACCAUCACGCUUCCGGUUGAUCACCACCCAGUGAAGUUUGAAAUCGACACUGGCUCAGCUGUUACUCUCAUCAAUGAGGCCUCUCUUCAGAAAUUACCCUCCCUCUUUCCGGCUAGCUCAACAUUCCGUAGUUAUACUGGACAGAAUGUAGAGGUUCGAGGGGUCUUUACAGCCGAAGUCGAGCAUGAUGGAGAACUUCAUUAUUUGCCGGUUCACGUGGUGAGAGGAAGUCAGCAACAAAAUCUCCUCGGAUGGAAUUGGAUUAAAUGUGUGCCUUUUGUGCUAUCCUAUGUACAUCGGAUUGGUGUAAAUCCGGCUUUAGAUUCAAUUUUGGUAAAUCAUAGGGAUCUAUUUCGUGACGAUUCUGCUACCCACUACCGCGGUCCACCUGUUAAGUUCCAGUUUCAGUCAGAUUUCCGGCCCCGGUUUUUCAAAGCUCGUACAGUCCCCUAUGCAGUCGCACCGAAGGUCGAAGAAGAGCUGGAUCGCCUACAGAAAGCGGAUAUUAUUGAGCCCGUGCAAUAUUCGGAAUGGGCAGCCCCAAUAGUUCCUGUUCUUAAAACCGAUGGUUCUGUGCGUAUCUGUGGCGACUACAAGCUGACAAUCAACUCAGCAACUAAACUGAACCCCUAUCCUCUCCCGCACAUCGAGGAUCUGCACGCAUCUCUCUCGGGUGGUCAUCAAUUUACAACUUUGGACCUUAAGCAUGCCUACAACCAAGUCGUCCUAGACAUUGAAUCCCGGGACGCUAACCCACCAUCAAUACUCAUGGGGGUUUAUUUCAAUAUAAAAGACUACCCUUUGGAGUAAGUUCGACCCCAGGUUUAUUUCAAUGCUUGAUUGAUAAUCUCGUGAUGGAUAUACCCCACGUUUGCGCAUACCUCGACGAUAUAUUAGUCACCAGCCCAUCUGAACAUUGUCAUCUAGAGACUCUAAGCAUAGUGUUAGGACGUUUAAAAGAGGCAGGUUUUAAGCUCAGGAGAGAUAAGUGCACUUUCCUUGCCGACUCAGUAGAAGACCUGGGCUUCAGGGUGGAUAAAACUGGCCUCCAUCCACUCGAACAUAAGCUGAAAGCCUUGAAGACGGCGCCGCGCCCCGACAAUACUGGUCAAUUGCGUUCAUUCCUGGGGUUGGUCACCCAUUUCAGUCGAUUUAUUAAUCAGUCGGCUACGAUUCUAAAGCCUCUUUAUUGGCUAUUUGAAAAGAAUCGUUGCUGGAACUGGUCGGAGGUCGAACAAAGUACUUUUGAACAAGCAAAGGCGGCUCUUACCUCCUCAUCUGUCCUAGUUCAUUAUGACCUCGAAAAGCCCAUCAUACUGAAAUGUGAUGCGUCUCCGUACGGCGUAGGUGCGGUUCUCAUGCACCGAAUGCCUUCUGGUGCGGAGAUGCCGAUUGCCUUUGCAUCAAAAAGCAUAUCACAGGCGGAAACCAACUAUUCGUAACUAGAUAAAGAGGCCUUAGCAAUAAUGUUUGGCAUACAACGCUUCCAACUGUAUCUUUUUGGCCGACACUUUGAGAUUCACACUGGUCAAAAACAUCUCUUAGGUCUGCUGGGAGAAAAACGAGGGAUACAACAGAUGUCCUCGCCGAGAAUGCAACGAUGGGCGCUCACCCUGUCUGCUUACACGUAUGCAAUGAAAUACGUUACAGGUAGUGCGAACGUAGUGGCUGUCGCCUUGAGUAGGCUUCCUAUUGUGGACGAUGGCAUUAACGGGGCACCUGUCUUUAAGACCGUAAAUCUUUCGCAGAACCUAGUCAACGCAACUGUAACAUGUCAACAAAUUCGACAGUGGACUUCGAAAGACCCUCUCCUAAGUCGGGUAAAAAGAGCCUUACAAUCUGGCUGGCCAUCCUCUACCUCCCCUGAUUUUCAACCAUUCUUCAGCCGUCAGAACUAGUUAAGUCUACAAGACGGAUGCAUACUAUGGGGUAAUCGUGUAGUUGUGCCACCACAAGGCCGACGGGCUAUCCUCAGAGACCUGCAUAAUGCCCAUCCUGGUACAGUUAGAAUGAAAGCUCUCACCCGCAGGUAUGUUUGGUGGCCCAAAAUUGACGCAGAUAUAGAAAACGUGGUGAAAGCAUGUCACGUGUGGCAAAUAACACAGGAGACCUUACCGAAGGUUCCUCUAAAGCCUUGGGCCUGGCCCGACUCGCCGUGGAAGAGGGUACACGUCGAUUAUUUUGGGCCAUUCCAAGGCCAUAUGCUUUUGGUGGUAGUUGACGCCCACACUAAAUGGAUUGAUGCGAUUCCGACUGCAAAUCAUUGUUCUUCACGGACUACCAUCAACAAGUUGCGAACUGUUUUCUCUACUUUUGGGAUACCUGAAAUGCUCGUUUCAGACAAUGGCCCGGCCUUUAUUAACGUAGAAUUUAAAGAUUUAAUGGAGAAAAAUGGAAUUAGACAUUUAACUACUGCCCCGUUCCAUGCUGCUUCUAAUGGCCUCGCAGAUCGUGCAGUCCAGACAAUAAAGCACGGACUAGCUAAACAGCCAGACACGGACGUGGCCACCAAGUUGUCACGCUUUCUGUUCGGCUAUCGCAUAACACCAAACGACUCAACUGGUGCUUCGCCUGCAGAAUUGAUGUUCAAGCGGCAGUUGCGCACACGACUCGACCUGCUUAAUCCAUCAACGCAUGAUAGAGUCAUGGCAAAACAGACGAAGAUGAAAGCACGAUAUGAUGUGAACACCCGACCACGAGUCGUCGCGCCUAACGAAAGUGUCUACACGCGACUGGAACACGAAACGAACUGGUGUACAGCGGUAGUUCGAGCAAGCGAGGGGCAUAUAGUGGAAUUAAAAUUAGAAGAUGGGAGAAUUGUGCGUCAACAUAUGGAUCAAGUUCGCAGCCGAAUGGACACAGCAAGUGGAGAGUUCGGAAAGUUCGAACUGCCAGCAACCCUUGAUACGGAUCCUGACAUCCCGAGGACUGAACACCUACUGCCUGCACAGAGCACUACGCCCCCGACCGAGGCGUAUGUUCCUCCUCCUCCUUCUGCCCCGGUCAGCACUAGCUUAGGGGCAGAGGAGCCAGUGACUGCACAAAGCGACGCAGAGGUUGAAAAUACUGCCCUGAGAAGAUCGCCCCGAAUCUGCAAACCUGUCCAACGCUUUCAGGACGAAUCUUAUUAG